AUGGCGCAAUCUAUGACGGGACAGCAGAUAAAGGCUCUUGCCGACAGCCUUGAACCUUUGACGCCCAAAGACUUAGGACCGGUCGUUCAAGGUUUCGCAAUCUUUUUCGGCGUCGUGAGCGUCAUUGUCGUGUGCCUGCGGAUUUAUGUUCGGGCUGGCUAUUCUGGAGUGGCGCCGAGACUGCUCGGUCUUGAGGACUACAUGACUGUUGUUGCGACUCUGCUGCUAAUACCCGCCGUUAUUUUCGCCGUUCGCGCUGCACAAUAUGGAGUUGGAUGUCACGAUGUCAAUCUCCCCUCGCCAUUGUACCUCGUACGCGCAUCCGAAUACCAGACCUACUGGGAGAUUCUAUACUUUACCUCAUCGACCGUUAUCAAGUGCGCCAUCGGAUUCACUUGCAUACGACUAGAUUCCCGACGACGAGUGGUUUACCCCAUAUACAUUAACAUGGCGGUCAUGAUUAUCGUGACUAUCCUGGCCCUUACGUUUGUCUUUGCAAACUGCAAGCCUGUUGCCGCAACCUGGAAUCCGGGCCUUGGGACUUGCCAAAAGAUGAUCAGCCUGCAGACCGUUAGUUACAUUGUCUCUGCAAUCCAAAUGGCGACCGACUGGGUUUGUGCAGCCAUUCCAUGCUUUAUUGUCGCGGGUCUUCAGAUGUCUCGACGCAGGAAGAUUUCAGUCAUUGCCAUCCUCGGUCUGGGCGUUUCCGCCAGUGUUGCUACAUGUGUUCGAAUGCCAUACCUCAAGUACUACGACACUGCUAAAUAUCCGGAGGAGAUAGCAUAUCACCUUGGUGUUAUCAGUAUAACGUCAAAUGUUGAAUGCUGUCUGGGAAUUAUCGCUUGUUCCUUACCCCCCCUCCGGAAACUCUUUAGAUUCUACUAUGGGACCUCACGCGAUCAAAGUAAUAAGUACACAGGCGAGAGUGAAAAUGCCUUGAAUAAUUCCGGCCUCGGUAUCAGACUCGAUUCAGUUGGUGGUCGAAAGGGGACAUUUGAGGCUUCAGCUCAGCACACUACGAAACGGAUAGGAGAUCAUGAGACAGAUGACGACAAUUCAAGCAGCAAAGGAAUUAUACGAAAAACGGAAUUUAGUAUUAGUUCAACGCGAUAUCGUUAA